AUGUUCCAAACUUAUUCUGAUCAUAAUUUCAAUCCUCAAUUUUAUGAAUAUUUUCACAAAAUUUGGUGUCUAAGCAGUCUAUAAAAAGAAUAUUAUCUAAGUAAUCCAAUAAGAAUAUUUAUUGAUGGAAAUAUGAUUUAAAGAUCCCAUGUCUAGAAAGAUGUGAAAGAAGCUCUUUUAAAUGUCUUAUACCCAAUUUUAGAGGAAGAGUUGAAUUACAAUGGAUUAAAAGUCAAUGUAUUAGGUCAGAUAGCAAAUAUGGAUUUUCCAAUAAGAUUAUUAGUGUCAACCUUUUUCAAUCCAGAUGGAUUUUUUUAUAUAGUCAUAAAAAGAUUUUUAUUUUUAAUAAUUUAGAUAUAUAAAUUUUAAUUUAGAUUGAUCUUAUAAAUUUUAAUUAAUUGCUAAAAAGUAUAAUAAAAUUCUAAAAAAUGA